UACCAUUGCUAUCGAUUCAACAAAGGAGGGAAAAUUUCUUCACAUUCCUUGUGAGGCCUUCAACAAGACCAGUCACUGUGUAGACAUUUUUGCCAAAUUUAUUAAAUUCUUCUGAGAUUCUCAAAGCUUCUGAAAAAGUCGCUGAUAUGAAGCUCAUAAAAAUAUACUUGAGAUAUUACCCACCAGGUAUUGCACUUAAUUAUCGGAAAAGGAAUGUUGAAGAAACAAAAAUGAUUGACCUCUUCGAUUUAACUCCAAGCUGUGAUCUACCUACGCUUACGAAGAAAAUCGCCCUAACGGAACCGCUGAUAACGCAAGAAGUUUUCCCCCAAGUAACGGAAAUUUUGGAAAAACUACAGAAAAAGCUGAAAGAACCAGUCAAAACCAAGUUCUACCUUUUCAAAACGCUCCAAACGCACAUUCUUCCACUGACGAACGUGGCCUUCGAUAAGUCUGGCAAAAAAUGCAUAACUGGGUCGUACGAUCGAACUUGUCGGAUAUGGAACGUGGAAAGUGGAGAUGAAGAAAAUGUACUCAAAGGACAUGAAAAUGUUGUUUUUUCAGUCGCCUAUAACUACCCUAAAUGUGAUCGCAUUCUCACCGGAUCUUUUGAUAAAACGGCCAAAAUAUGGCACCCUACUUCGGGAAACUGUUUGAACACGUUGUGGGGUCACACGGCGGAAAUUGUGGCAGCAGAGUUCAAUCCCAACCUAGGCGAACAAGUGGUCACCUGUAGCAUGGACAAAACGGCCCGUGUAUUCCACGCAGAAACCGGCCAGGAGAUUCAAAUGCUGGGUGAUCACAAAGCUGAAGUGAUUUCGGCUCGGUUCAAUAAGGACGGAAACCUGUUGUUGACGGCAUCGUUUGACGAAACAGCGAUCAUCUGGGAUCUGCGGAUGAAAGAACAUGCUAUCGUGGUCAGAGCCCACGAAGCGGAGUUAAGUAAUGCCAUAUGGAACUUUCAAUGCUCUCUAAUCGCCACCAGUUCUCUCGAUAAAACUGCCAAAAUAUGGGACGUUCGAAACCUUGAGAGUUGUCAAGCAGUAGCAAAUCAUAAGGACGAAGUCUUGGAUGUUGCUUUCAACUGCACUGGAUCUAGACUAGCUACUGGAAGUGCUGACUGCACAGCUAAAGUGUGGGAUGUGACCGGAAAUUUUGAACUGGUCACCAUCAUGGCUGGGCAUACCGAUGAAGUGUCCAAGGUUGCAUUCAGUCCUCCGGGAGGGUUGUUACUCACGGCAUCAGCUGAUAAAACGGCCCGGAUCUGGAAUUCGGUUACCGGCAUAUGCACCCAAACUUUAGCAGGACACGAUGGAGAAGUGUUUUCCUGUUCGUUCAAUUACUGUGGAGAUGCCAUCAUCACUGCCUCGAAAGACAACACUUGUAAGAUUUGGAGAUGAUACGACUGGUUCUCGGGGCAGGCCUUUAAAAAAGAGAAACCAAAGAAGUAUAAUGCCAUUUAUACUCCCAGACAGGCUGAACAUUGGACAAAAUUUUUACUUAGAAAGUUAUAAGCACAUCACGGAUCGCUUUUGGAAUGUUCGUCUAUCCUGCUGAAUAUAUUACUACGACAAAAAUGCAUCAAAAUAACGGAUUCGCCAGUAAAACGCUAGCAGUGUGUUUGAAACUUAAAAGCCAUUCCCCGAAGAACUACAUGAACAACAGUCUGAUUCCUGAAAGCCUUAUGCCGCAGAUUUGGAUUCAGCUCAUAAAAAUGUAUAGCUUAGUAAAUAUAUAAAUUUGUAACUAGCUGCAAAAUUGUGUUACAGGAAAAGUCGUACUUUUUAUUGAAUAGCGGUUACCGAGCUCAGCAACGAAUAAAAUAAUUGAAUUUGUACUA